UAAAAUUAAUUGUUUGUUUCAGAAAUCUUAAGGUAAAGAAUAAUUAUAAAUAAAAAUAAUUGGUUUACCAUAAUUUGACAUGUUGUAAGAACACUUAUUUUAUUGCUCUCUAUGGUUUCAGUUGAUCCGGAACAGCAGGAAGAAAGCGUUGGUGAAAUAUCGGUGCAAAUUGAUUUAUUUUCGCAUCCCGGCACCGGGGAGCACAAAGUUAAUGUUAAAGUUAUCGCAGCGAAUGAUCUCAAAUGGCAAAUUGCUUCGGGCAUGUUUCGCCCGUUUAUCGAAAUAAAUUUAAUUGGGCCACAUUUACAGGAUAGGAAGCGUAAAUUCGCUACAAAAUCAAAAUCCAACAAUUGGUCGCCAAAGUACAAUGAAACAUUUAAUUUCACAAUCGGUAAUGAGGAGCAGUUGGAUUUUUUCGAGUUGCACAUUUGUGUAAAAGACUACUGUUUUGCUAGAGAAGACCGUUUAGUUGGUGUGGCUGUUAUCCCGUUAAAAGAUAUAUCGGAAAAGGGAUCAGUUGCCUGCUGGUUACCAUUACAACGCCGUAUUCAAAUGGACGAGACGGGCUGGACGAUUUUACGAAUUUUAUCGCAACGUAAUAAUGAUGAAGUUGCCAAAGAGUUUGUCAAACUAAAAUCGGAAAUUCGUCAGGAACCUAUAAUGGGGACAUAGCUUGGUUAAAUUGUUAAAUACUAACAAUAUCGCUAAAGGAAAUCUUAUAAUACUAAUUAGAAAACUAAAAAAUAGAGCAUUGCAAUAAUAUCGAAUAUAUAUGUAUGUAUAAAGAUUACUUCCAAUUAAAAAAAAUUUACUGUAGACAUAUAUGCAAAUUUAUACGUAACUGUAUAACCGCUUCAUAAUUGCUGAAGCGACUUUCGACCGAUGUUUGCGUCUUGAGGUUUCUUCAGCAAAUAGAGUGGUAUACGGUUUAUUUUCGAGGAGCAGCCAUAUAUAAUUUUUUUUUUUAUAAUUUGAAGUAUUCGUCGGACCGGGACUCAAAUCCAUGACACUUCGCAUUGUGGACAAGCUGCUGGUCUUGAGCCUCACCAUUAAAAAAAAAAUUAAAUAAAGCUAAAAUCGGAGGUCCUAAUGUUAUUUUAAUUUUCUCAUAUGAAAUGCAUUCGGACAUAUUAUUAUUCCCAGUUCUACUAAAUAAUUGUACUAAGUUAAAGAGUAAAAAAUUACAAAAUUAGUUUAAACCGAUUUAAAAAUAAAUAUAAAUAAUUAUAGACAUAAAUAUACAUAUAAAUAUAAAUGAUAUAGGAAAAGAUAUUCAAAUAAACAGUUAUUUAUGUAAUAACAUGAUUAUUAGCAUUAUAUAUACACACGCACUUUUAUUGCAUCUUAUCCUAAUAAAUCAAGAGCAUUCCUAUUCCUAUUGUAACUAUUAUAUCAAGGAUAUUAAAAUGCAAAACUAAAUUGUACAAGCUUUCCGCAAGCUAUUCAAAAAAGGUUUUGAUAAUAUAUAUAUUUAACUAUGUCUAUACAGUUGUCGCAAUAUGGAAUGGUCCUAUUUAACAUUCAUUAAAUUAAAUUUGUUUGCUUUUCUUUUCAAAAAUACAAAUUGUACAUAAU